GAGUCGCUUGUGCUGAGCUGGAGGAGGAGGAGGAGGCGCUCACUCGCUCGCUGGCUCGGACACACGCACGUCGGGCAGCCUGGGUCGUGGUGCUGUUGAAAAGCUCGCCAGCAAAGGCUGCGUCGGCUGCGUCGGCAGCGGCGGCGGCGGCGGCGGCUUCUCGUUUUGUACGAGUUAAGAGAGCAGUUACAUUUGUUGUUGAAGCGAGUCGCUUGCCUCCAGGUCCGUGAAUGAGAAAACGAGAAGAAAUCUGCGGUAGCCGCGCAAAUAAAAGCAGCAGCAGCAGCAGCACCACCAGCACGGCGGAAUGACUUUGACGCAGCCAGGAGUGUUGAGUGCGCGUUAGGGGGGUCGGCAAGGACGAGAGGGACAACUUUCGGCGUGAGAACGUCGCCUUGUUGUUGUGUCUUGAAGAGACACGGGACUGCCACUUUACACACACGCGCAGAUCGCCGAGUGGAGCUCCCGGGGCCGCUGUCGCCGCGGCCGACGAUGCCCAAGGUGGUGGUCGCCCGCGACGGGACCGGGGGAGACGACGCGACGAGACGGCCCGAGAGCGGCGAGGUGUGCGCGGGCUGCGCGCGCCCCAUCGAGGACCGCUUCCUGCUUCGCGUGAGCGACGCGUCGUGGCACGAGCGCUGUCUGCAGUGCGCCGCGUGCCGGCAGCCGCUCACACGCAGCUGCUACACGCGGGAGCGUCGCAACUACUGCCGGCCCGACUACGACAAGCUGUUUGGCCGCAAGUGCGCCGGCUGCAUGGGCUCCGUGGCGCCGUCGGAGCUGGUGAUGCGUGCCCUCGAGAGCGUCUACCACCUGGGCUGCUUCAGCUGCUGCGUGUGCGAGCGCCCGCUGCGCAAGGGCGACGAGUUCGUGCUCAAGGAGGGACAACUGUUCUGCCGGCCCGACUACGAGCGCGAGCGCGACAUGCUCAGCUCCGCCAGCCCCGACGCCUCCGACUCCGUCAAGAGCGAGGACGAGGACGGCGUCAAGGGGAGCCCGGGCGGGGCCCCCGGGGCCAAGGGAGGGGGCGGCGGGGGGGGCGGCAGCGGCAGUGACGAGAAGGACCCCAAGAGGCCCAAGAGGCCGCGGACCAUCCUGACGACACAGCAGCGGCGGGCCUUCAAAGCCUCCUUUGAAGUCUCCUCCAAGCCCUGCCGCAAGGUGCGGGAGUCCCUGGCUGCGGAGACGGGGCUGAGCGUACGCGUGGUGCAGGUGUGGUUCCAGAACCAGCGAGCCAAGAUGAAGAAGCUCGCGCGCCGGCAGAUCCAGCAGGAGCAGGGCCAGAGUGGGCAGCGCCUGGGGCCCGGCCGGGGGGCGGCACGCGGGGUGCGGCGCAUGAAGGAGGAGGGCGAAGUGAUGAUGGACGUGUUCUCGCCGUCGCCCGUCGACAUGAUGUCGGGCGCCAUGGAGGGGAUGAUGUCGCCAUUCACGCAGCUGCCGCACGCGCACGUGAUGGAGGCCGCCUCCUCCUCGUACCAGCCCGACCCCUUCCAGCAGGGCCUCACGCCCCCACAGAUGCCCGGCGAUGCCAUGAACCCCUACGGGAGCGACCCCAUGUUUCAGGAGAUGGAGGGCGACACUUCGCUGAGCGGCCUCAGCGACUGCCUGCUGGCGUGUGUGGAGCCCAUCACCGCCCUGCAGCCGCGCGUCGGCAACCCCAUCGACCGCCUCUACUCCAUGCAGAGCUCUUACUUCACUUCCUAGAGGCCCCGUCACGCCCUGCGCAGCCCCCUCCUGCCCCCCCCCCCCCCACCCCUUGCCCUGCCUGGUCAGUGUGCGUCGUCGCACCUCCUCGCCGCUCCACCAAAGAAUUACCGAUCACCUCUUCCGGUCCAUCUCUAGGUCACGCUCUCUCUUCUUGUGCUCUUCCCCCCGCCUCUCUCUUUCUCUCUCUCUGUCUCGUUGCUUGUCUGUGCAUCACGCACGGAGCUGUCGGUCUACUCUCCUCUCUCCCGUUCUCUGUUUGCUCUUUUUCCCCCUCUCUCACUCGCCUCUCUCUGCCUCUCUGUGUCUCGAUGUCCCUCACUCUGCCUCUGUCCCCGUAUCACUCCGUCUCUACUCCGUGUACCGUAUCACUCCGUCUCUACUCCGUGUACCGUAUCACUCCGUCUCUACUCCGUGUACCGUCUACUUUUCUCUCCCCAUCUCUCCGCCUUCCUUAUCCGCUCGUCUCCGACCCGCGUUGGUGUCACACCCAACGAGGCGGGAGCUUCUGCUUCAUCCAGCAGUGGAUGGCGGUUGGCGACGGCGGUGACGGCGAUCGCGACGAGGCCGAUGAUGGCGUCUAUUGACGGCGGCGCGGAGGAAGGGAAAGGCCUCGCUCGCAGGCCGCACCGAAACCACCCCCCCUCCCCCCCCGUGACGAAUCGCUCUCGUUUGCGCCACGCGGAGAAAACACCGUCAGUCUAAACGCCGCCCAACCGAAGCCGGUGACGUCUCCGCCGCGCCGGAGAAUUUGCUCGACUGAGACGGAACGUGGAACGCCAUCGCGGGACGGGACGGGACGGGGGGGGUGGUUGAAGGAAGACCGGGAGAACUCUUAGCGGGAUGAGGUUCCCCGCCAUCAGGACGUACGCCCGAGCAAGACGAACCACAUUCCACUGCAUCGGCAAAAACUGGGGACUGCCCAAUCGCGCGCUUCCCGUUCCGCAAUUUACCAUUCACUUGGUUUUCAUUUUGUUCACGCGAGCGCAGCCGCCACGCACAGCGGAGCAGCAGCAGCAGCACUGGGACCCACCCUGGGUGGGGCUCGUCGUUUGACGUCUUCACCACGGAACCCGCCACGCUACACAAAAACACAAAAACACAAACCGACACGCAAGCGUCGAUGUCACACGCGCGCGCUCGUCACUCACGCACGCGAAGCGUCGCCCUCGCACGCAUGCACAUGAGCAUCGUCCGAUCUGCCUCUCGGACCGCUGCUGGGGCAAGUGUCAUUGGCGAGCGCCUGCGUGAAGCCUGCGCUACGACCCCAGGCCAACACCGCGCUCCGAUGCCUGGCACGUCAGAGGGGUGAGGGGUGGGGGCGAUCGGCAAACGAACUCUGACUUGGGCUUCCUCGAGAUCGAAGUCGAGCAACGUCGGCAAUGGUGGAGGCGAAGGGCGAUGGGGAAAUGCGAGGCCCCUGGUCUCACCGCCCCCUUAACGCGCUGUGCCAAUGCAGAGAUAUCGACGUCACAAAGACAAAGAUCCCCUCCCCCACCCUUGUAUAGCUUCAUACACUGUUAGGGCAAGUGCUGUUAGUGAUUGCCUAUUAAGGCCAGCACAACGUACGAGGCGGUGGUGGUGGUUCCAGCCCACAUUUGUCCCCCCCCCCCCCCCCAUUGCUGGUGUUUACCCCCCACCCCACACACCACACCAGACUGAGUUGACCUCUGGGGAAGCCCAGGGACUGGUUCGAACAUCGCUCGCCCACUGAUGUUAGCUGUAGCCAGGAAUCAAACUCAGGUUGUCGGGUUAGUAGCGUGGCGUGCCAACCACUUUGCUACUGCUACCCACGACAGAUGGAUAUGCGCAGACGCACGCACGCACGAUGUACAACAUGUGCACUCGGCACACUGACACACUCGGGUUGUCACCUCUAAGGCGCAAUAAACCCCGGGUGCAUCGUGGUAACAGGAAUUCAUCGCAGUGCCAGAAGCAGUAAAUUGCAUUUGUAAACGUGUAGAUGCAUUUUUUUCUGGAGUGGUGUGGCUGUCAUUAUCAUGAUUACGACGCAACUGACAAAUUCUCCAGGACAGGAGCUACCUCAAGCAGAGGCAGAAAGAGUAUCCUGCGAAUAGCCAGUAGAGGUGGCAACCCUACUAACCACACACGUACACACAAAGCGAAAGAUCCCCCGCGUAUAGUCUUUACAGAAUGUUGGGCCAAGUGCUGUUAGCGAGUAGCACCUAUGAAGGAUGGCACGGCACACGAAGGGGUGGGUGGCCAGCACCACGCCAGGCCGCCUUUGUCUCCCCAGUGGCGAUGCUUUUACACACAGCACCAGGUACUCAUUUGAGGCUGAGUCGACCUAGGGGGAGGCCCAGGACCAGUUCAGAUAGUCGUCGCCGGUGUUGGCCGUGAGCGGGAAUCGAACUCGGGUCGCCAGAUUCGCAGCGCAGCGUAGCGCUAACCGCUACACCACCGCUCCACACACACACACGAUUAGCACGGUUGGCUACGUGCGGUGCGAAAGAAGAUCAAUGUGCAACACACACGUACACAACUCACAAUCACAUUCCUGAGCGAGUCGUUAGAGGCUGUGAGCUGCCGGCUGAGUGUUACCUCGAUGCGCCCCCCAACUUCUCUACCCCCCCCAGGAGUGUGGAGCCCCCCGCCCCCCCUCGCCCCCCCCCCCUCGCCCCCUCCCCCGCACCGCCACCACAGUUCCAACAUGCACCCCUCCUCCCCCCAAACUCCGUGAAGUCUCGAUUAUUCACACGUCUGUGCAAUGUAUACACAAUGAUUGGUAGAGUUUCCCGAACUGGAAAACAACAACACGAUGUAUGACUCGAAGAAGAAGAAGGAGGAGGAGGAGGAGGAGAAAAACUUUUUGAAAAUGUUUGAGAAAAAAAAUAUUUUAAAGUGAAAGGAAAUAAUUGAAAGAAUUUCGUUUUUGUUUCUCGCUUAAGUUCCUUCCAAAUUGCUUCAUUUAACUGUAUAUUGUGAAGUAGCGUACUGUAAAUAUAUAUAAAGUAUAUUUCACUAUUUAUAUGACCAGUUUUUAGUUCAGCAAGCACCAUCCAUUCAUUCCUUUUCUUUCGUUUAGGGCCUCCGCAGUUUGUGAUGAAUUUAUCUUUGGCUUCCCCAGGGGGUUCGGGGUGUCCUUUGUGUCACUUGCCAUGCCAAUUAGCGCACAAGCAUUCCAGGGGCAGUCUCGUUGUUGCACAGUGGGCCUAUAACUCCGACUCAUGGCAUUUGAUUGUGCGGGAUUUUGGGAGACCACAAUUUUGUUCGGAUUGAAGCAGCAGCACAUUCGGCCGCGCCUUUUGCGAGAUCACCCUCGGCCAAUUAAGACGGUAGCUUUUCGCAAUCGUUGUGUUCGGAGUUGAGAAUGCAAAAGAAAUCUUGAAUCGCAGCUUCGUCAAGUAACGAUUUAAAGUUUUUUUUUUAUGAGCCCAGAUUGACGGGCAAGGCGGGGGCAGACAUUUGCGAGAAUUUUAGUUCAUGGCAGUGUUGGGACAAAACCGUUGAAGCUUUUGUCAAUGUUUUGUAUUACCUUAUGAAAAAAAUCAUUUUCUCUUUUAAAACAACAACAACAACAACAGGACAACCCUGGAACUGGAUGAUAAUUGCACGGGUGUUUCCUCCAAAGAUGGUGUUUAAUUCGUGAAUGUUUCCCAGGUGAAAGUUGUAAAAUCGUUGAGUCGGCACCGCUAUCAGCCCCUGUCUUGUGCCUCAUUCACAGCCACAACAACUCCUUCCUGCAAAAACAGUGGCAUUUGUGUUCGGUCGGGUCAGUGAAAUCACCACCGUUACGCUACACAUUUAUUUAUUGCCGGUGACGUUGCAAUUACUGUCGCUAUUUUUCUUUAGUUUUUUUGUUACAAUAGACUGGUUCCAUUUUUUGGAGACUUUCCAGCAAAGAAAACGUUGCACAUGAACCCAGGUUACAGAGCUGUUCUCUAGCACCCGGGAACGAAACCAACAGUGGAGGUGACAGCGAUUCAGUUUCAUCCAAGCUUUUCACCGGUUUUAUCCACAAUUCUCUUAAUUGUUUAGCAGCUGCCACUGUAAGCUAAACACUCACAAAGGAGGCGGCACAAUAAUUGGGUCAUAUUUAUACGAGUAUUUAUUAGGUUGUACUACUUCUGACUGUGUUCUAGAAAACCAAAGCCUGCAGUAGGCCUCACUUGAUGGGAAACCUUGGCUUACUGAUAUUUUGUGUUAGCAGUUGUUUUGUCGCGAAGAGGAAGGGAGUGAAAAGGAGGGGGGGUUGCACUGUGUGCUGGCAAGGGGUAGUGAUGUGAUUUGCAAGUGGAUAGCGAAGCAGGGAAAUUCUCCUUGAGACACGGAGGCUAUGUGUUGGAGUGAACGGCUCUUCUCGUGGUGGCGUUUCCUUCAUCAUUUCGCUCCCCGUGGGAUCACCUCGUCUGGGUUGAAUGCACAAUGCAAAUAAAAAUCAUUCGGCGUAACCACUUUGUGAUAUAAGUAAAUACCACACAAUCCCACAGUUUUUGUGUGUGCGUGUGUGGCUUUCAGGAGAAAAUAACUUUUUUUUUGGCUGCCAUUUAUCUCGUGUCAGUCUGCGGAGCAGCGAUGCGUUAAACCCAAAAGCGAGCAGCGUUCCUUAAACUUUGCAAAUGAAAGCAAUUGUAAUACAUUACAUUUUUUCACUCUGACAACGAAAUGACGGCCAAUUUGUGUCAAAAACGGCAACGGGAAAUUUGCCUUGGGAUCAUUCUGCAACGACCGCCGGCAUUGUUACAUCGGCAAAGAAACAUCCUCCUGACCCCCCCUUUGCAACAUAUCCCCUCUCUCAUGUCUCCGCGCAAUGGGACCCAUUUGCUCAAAAGUGUAAUCUUAAUUGGAGAUCAGUGCUGGCAUGUUAACCCGCGCUCGUUAUUCAAUCAGUCCCGAGGUCACCGCGUCGAACCCCGCGUCGGAGAUAACGCGGUCCGCACACGCGCGCACACAAAACACACGGAGCCAAAACGCGAAAUUCGAUCAUGAAACAAAUCUGUGCGGAGGUAAAGCUGAGAAUAAUUGUGCAAGCCGGGUGGGUUUUUUUGUGUAGCUGUUCUUUAUCUCAUUAAAUAAAACAUAUGGGUGGGGGGGGGGGUCGUUUUGUUAAACAAAAGAUAACGGCCAUCCGUCGAAAUGGAUCAUGUGAGCGAAUGGAACUCUGGUGCCCUCAGCGUAUGCAACACAAUCGCUCGCUACUUACCGUGGGUACCUUGGCGGUUACAAAUUAAAUGAUGGCUAUCAGAGUCCACCCUUGAGCUUGCAUUACCUUGCCGCCGCUGCUGAGAAGUUAGGGGGUGGGAGGGCACCACCAGGUCUUAAAAAGAAACCCGUUUGAACAACACAGUUUUCAAUAAAUAAACCACACACACACACAAAAACGUAUAAACGAUAUUUUUUAAAACGUGAAAUUUUACUCAUUCGAGGCUCUGAAACGGAGUGAAAAUAAUCUCAUUGGAAAGCGAGGGGUUGUUGUGGAAAGGUGUUAAGUGUUAAACGUAUUUAUACACACACAUCGCGCUGAAAGGUUUUUCGUUAAAAGUGAGGUUGACAAACCCGAGUAUUUAUUUACGUUUCGUAUUUUUUUUAAAGGAUAACACGCGGAGAGGUUGGCUUUUUACGGGAAGGCGGUGCGUAUGCCCGUAAUCCAAAGACUUUGGGGUUGGUGAAACGCGCUGAGAUCUCAUGCCAGAGAUACACCCACCCACAGGGCGACGUGACGGUACAGCAAGUGGGUUGCUCGCCAAAACGUUUGAGCGUCUUACCCUGCAAUGUUGGGUUUUCUCGAGGCACGCUGCUUAGGAUUUCCUCCCGACGUUCAAAAAUUCUCGGCGAGAAAUUUGGCUCGAAAUUCCUGAACGGGGCCCUCCUGACAAGAGUCGUGAGACUUGGAGAGCAUUUUUCUGAGCAAAUUGUCACUUUCUAUUCGAAAACUUUUUUUUGUUACAAUUAAAUUGAAGACCCCGCCAUACGAAUGUGGAGUUGUCACCACGGGCUCAGUGUCGUCAGUGGGCAUGAACACCGCCCCCCCCACCCCCCAUACGUAUUUGAGGAAACCGUUUUGAUGGGACGACAAAUUACCGUCCCCAAACCGCUAAACAAAUCUGAUGGAAAUGAACAUUCGUCAAGAUGAGUAAUCUUGUUUUCACAGCUGUCUUAAAUAAAGUGGUCCUCCCCCCUCCUCCUCGCAGCCGGGGACAUCGAUCACACCUGCCCUGAGCAGUUUUGGCGACAUCAGACGAAAAAAAAACCUUUACUUAAAAUCCCGCAUCAUUUUGAGUGAGCCCAUCAUCAUCAUCAUCAUCGGUGUCAUCGUGAUCAUCAUCAUUAUCAUCAUCCACAGUCGGAACAUUCCCCCCCCCCCACCUCCCCCCGUGUGUUGGCUCUGCUGUUGCUGGUGACGAGGAAGGAAGAGCUUUAGGUGUGCGACUAUGGCGAUCAGAAGCCCCCCGUUCGUGUCUCGUCUGAGCGUUAAGUGUCGACCCGUGUGUGUGUCGAGGAAAGCAGGCUGCUUUGUAUUGUCCGUGUAAAUUGUAGACAUGUUUGAAUAAACUUUUAACUGAAUCUGUA